CAAGAAGUUUUUCUAACUUUUCUUAAAGUGUCCCCUCCUCGGAGGUCUCACACUACCAUGACAUCCAAGAACAAUGAGAAAAAGUGCGAGAUCUGCAAUACAUAUGAAAAUACUCUGCAAGUUAUGAACUGUGAGAUCUGUGAUUCUGUGUUUCAUGUUAAAUGUAUAAAGUACACUGAGAAAGAGUAUCGGCUUUGGGCGGACAAACUUGAAAUAUGCUUUAUAUGUGCUGAGUGCAAGAAUAGUCCUCAAUUAAAACAGUACAAGGAGUUAAGGAGGCAGAACGCAGUCUUGGAGGGAUAUAUAUAUAAGAUUGAUGAGACUUUACAAGUGCAAAAGGGUCAAAUAGACUCAAUUGGAAAUGGUGCUGUGCUUGUGAAUACAAGCCUGAAAUCUGUGAUUGAAAAAUUUGAUGAUCUCAAAAAUGAUUUAAGCAAAUCAGUGUCUGAGGUGAAAGAAUCUGUCCAAAAAUUAGUGGAGGCAAAUAGUGUUGGAGGUGAUCAAUCAGCAAGGCAGCCAUCAAAUUUAACAUAUUCUGGCGUAUUGAAGGAGAGUUCAUCAGUGUGUGUGAUCAAACCAAAAGACAAUAAACAAGAUCGCAAUGUAACAAAAAAAUCUAUUAUGAAGGAAAUUGAUCCAGUGAGUGUGAGAGUGUCCGGUAUGAGGAACGUGAGCGAUGGUGGAGUUGCUAUAGUGUGUGACACCGUGGAGGCGCUUAAUGGAGUGAGAGAGAUUGCUGAGAGCAAAUUGGGGGACCUUUACAGUGUGUCGGUGCCAAAGACCAGAUUCCCAAGAGUUAAGAUAAGUGGACUCUCUGAAAGUCUUUCGAGUGAUGAUCUAAAAAGAAUGCUGGUGAGCCAGAAUCCUCUGCCUGUGGAGCUGGAUACCAUCUUGGUGGUUGCAGUUCUCCCAACAAGACGGAAAAUAUAUUUUGAUGCAAUAUUGGAGGUGCCCCCUUCCCUCUACAAUUUUUUAUUGGAGCUCGGGAAGGUGAAAAUUGGCUGGAAUGUGUGCCACGUUUCCGAUGGGGUGCGCGUGAGAAGGUGUGCCAAAUGUUGCUCCUAUGGGCAUCUUGCGAAGGACUGUAAACAGGAACGCCAUACAUGCUCGCUAUGUGCUGGAGAUCACCAUUGUUCUCAGUGUACCUGUGCCACAAGGAAAUGCAUAAAUUGCACCAGGGCUAAUGUAAAGUAUGGCCUAAAACUCUGUGUUGAUCACGCUGCCGAUAGUGAGGAGUGUCACGUGUACUGCAGAGAGACUCGGAUUCUGAGAGAGAGAUUAUCUUUGACAUGAUGGCCGGGGUAGUCAACACCAGCAAUGAGUCAGGAAUGUGCUCGAAAAAAUGUUAUCAAAUCAUAAUGCAGAAUAUAAGAAGUGUGGCGAAAAAUUUC